UCACAAGCAGCCCAGGGCUCUGGCAUGGGACAUUGCCCUGGCUGAACAGAACCGACAGGCCAACACACAACAUGGAAGAAUUUUUGCAGCAUAUAAAAACAAAGCUGAGUCGAAAUAAACACUUGGAUAAAGUACACAUAGUCCUUGGAAAGAAGUUGUGUGAUUUGGAUUCUCUUAUUUCAACUUUAACAUAUGCCUACUAUCUUGACAAGGUCAGUCCACCUGACACCCUGUGCUUACCAGUAGUGAACAUACCAAGAAGAGAAUUCUGCUUCUACACAGAAACAAAGUUUAUUUUGGAGGAGCUCAGAAUCCCAGAGACUCUUUAUGUCUUCCGUGAUGAAAUCAAUUUGUAUCAGCUGAACAAUGAUGGGAAACUGUCUCUGACUCUUGUGAACAGCAAUGCACUGACAAGUGAGGACAAAAGUCUGGAGUCAGCUGUUGUUAGAAUUAUCAACCCUGAAGAGAGAUGUGAUGACAACCUGGAGUUACUAGAAUCUUCUUCCUCCAUAGUAGCAAAAGAGAUUCUCCAAGAGGCACCAGAGUUAAUCACUCAGCAACUGGCUCAUCUUCUCAGAGGGAGUAUCCUCUUCAACACAAUUGCUUUGGAUCCUGAAAGAAUGCCUGAAGAACAGGAUGAAGUGCUUUCCAGACUGGAAAAGAAAUUCCCAGAAAUGCUACCCAGAGAAGAGUUUAUCAAUGUUCUAGAGAAAGCUCAGUUUCAUGCAAAUGGGGUCAGGAUUGAGGAGGCUGUUCUCAAGGAUCUUAAGGAGGUAUCAGAUGGAGAAAUAAAAGUUGCUGUUGGUACUGUAUGUAUGAAUCUGGAGGACUGCCUGCUUCACAGAAACAUGACUGGAGACCUGAAAGCAUUUGUAGAUAAAUACAAUUUUGAUGUCCUUGUUAUUUUGGCUAGCUACAUAUCAGAAGGAGGACAGGAAAAAAGGCAAAUAGCAGUUUAUUCAGAAAACAUGGAGCUUGGAAAUCAGAUUUGCUGUGAGUUAGAAGAAUGUCAGAAUCCUUGCCUGGAGUUGGAUCCCCUUGAAUAUGGACGUGACCAAUUUCUCAUUUAUCAACAAGAAAAUUCUUUAGCAAACUGUGAUGAAAUUUUUCUAUUAAUGAAAGAUGUUAUCAGCAGGAGACAUCCAGAAAUGGCUUCUAACAGUAGAACAUCUUCCACUGAAGCUGUUGCUGGGAGUGCCCCACUUUCCCAAGGGUCUUCUGGUAUUAUGGAGCUGUAUGGUUCUGAUAUUGAACCACAGCCAAAUGCUGUAAACUUUAUAGAAAAUCCACAAGACCAUAAUGCUCAAGCCCAUGCUGAUGUUAACAUUGAUCUUGUGAGUCCAGACAGUGGACUGGCUACUAUCAGAAGUAGCAGAUCUUCCAAAGAGAGCUCAGUUUUUCUUAGUGAUGAUAGCCCAGUAGCAGAAGGUGCUGCAUCUCAUCACAGUUUCCUUUCUGGUUUUGAUUCCUAUAGUCCCAUUCCUGAAGGAGCAGUAGCUGAAGAAGAAAAUGCUCAGUCUAGAAACAGUAGUGAUAAUUUUGAUCUUUUCAAUUUUGAUUUAGCACCAGUAGCAGCAGUUCAGAUUGAGUCUUCUCAUUCUAUGGAUUGUUCCUCUGCCGAUGAUUUCUUCCAUGAUAGUGGAUCAUCAGAAGAACAGCCACUGUCUGAUUCUAAAGUAACCGAUGAGACAAAUAUAUCAGAACAGGACAAUCAACAUUAUUCAACUGAUUUAUUAAUGGCAACAAAUGAAGAAGAUGCAUAUAGCCAUAUAAAAGAAAAUCCUAGUGUAGUUGACUUGGAAAGUGAUUCUUUCUCUUGUCCAGAAGUAUUGAAAAAUGUUGAGGGAACCCCACCAACUCCAAUGAACAGCCUUGUGGAAAGCUCACCUUUAGCUAGUGGGCCACCUGUAUUUUAUCCUCAGGAUAUAAUUAAAAAAAUUAUUGAAAUUGAUCCUGUGAACAAUUCUCAAUCUCAUGUUCAAUGUAAUAGCUGGUGGGAUGGCUUUGACUUAGAUUCCAAAAAUGCUGAUGCAUGGAAUUCAAUGGAACCAGAAUCUGUUUUUCAGAGUCCUGAUUCAUGGAAAGAUUAUAAAACAAGUGCAUUACUGAGACAGCAGGCUGACAGAAGGGCUUCAGAUUCAGUAUGUUUGCAAAAACAACGAAAACAUAUUGAAUAUUCAAGAGCAGAUAUUUGGGAGAACCGGUUUAGUCCAUCCCAUAAUGAACAUAUUUUAGACUAUCAACAGAAAAACAACAAACAACAAAAGGAAGACUUUGCUAACAUGUGGAAGUCCUGUAAACCUGUUCCUGUAAUAUCUGACCCAUGGUGUAAUGAUGGAUCAGAUACUGGAUACAUAAAGACAAAUUCUCCAAAUGCUUGGACAAAGGUUAACCAUGAUGGCUCUGGACAUGCAGAAGGAAUAUGGAAUGUUGUUCAAGUAGAUUUUGAUCAGAUUUCACUAAGGAAUCUUGAUACAUGGACUAAAGGUGGUAUAACAGAGUCACCAGAACUCUCAGAAGACCACCAGUUUGAAAAUCUAAACCACCAAGUAGAUCUAGGAUCUGAAAGUAAGGAACAAGGUAAUAUAACAGAAAAACACAAAACUUCUGAAAAUAUGAUAUUUGAUAUUGGCGACAUGCAGAAGAAUGUUAAAUUAUCUAUGGAACACCAAAACAACACUCUACAUGAGCCAGAACAAUUUGACACUACAGACAGCUGUGGUGUAAAUGACACAGACGUCAGAAAAGGAAUACUUGGAAACCUUAUGCCAUGGGAAGAUCCCUUCUUGUCAUACAGAGAUUCAGACUUUAUAACAUCAGAUACAUAUGAAGGUGUGGUUGUUUCUCCCCCAGAUACAAAUUAUUCAUCUGAUUCCUAUGUAUCUCCAACAGGGGUUGGGAAUGAAAGGGAAGGUGAAGACCAGCAUUCUGAAAGAGAAUUAGUGCUUGACCAUAUUAUUAAUUCAAGCUCAGGUGAACCUGAAACAAAUGAUGUAGCAGAGGAAAAAUUGUUAUCACAGCCAUCUCCUGUCAGCCCAUCCCUUUUAAACAGUGAAAAGAUAGGCCCAUGGAAAUCAUCAUUUAAUGAAGCCCAAAUGGAAGCUGUACAGUCUGAAAGCAUGCUGGUUACAUACACUAACACAAGUUUACUUGAAUCAGUGCAAAAGGAUGACACACAUUUUCCAGAUAACUACAGUGUUGAUGGAAGUAGCCCUUCUAGUUCUGAAUUCUGUGGAAUGAUGCUGAUUUCUAAACAAAAAAAUGCUGACUUAGCUCUAAGUAAUAGCAUACUCGCAGGAGAAGCUGAAAUAGGCAGCACAGUCAUCCCUGAGCAUACGCAAUCAGGGAGUUUAGGUUUGGAAACAGGUAUCUUGGAGAAUACAAUUUCACUUAGAGAUCAAGUAAAGAAAGACAAACUUCCAGAUAUACAGUUAAACCAAGAGGGUGAACAGUUUCAACAGAAUGAACAGGCUGCUAGGAAACACAGUAAUAUUUCAUUUACUUCAACAGAAGGAGUCAAGGAAAGUAAGCUAACAGAUGAAGAAAGUGGACAAGUGACAAUCAACAAUAUUCAGAAUAGCACCAUACAAAAUGAUAAUACACCACUGCCACUUCUGCUCCCUCUGUCACAUGUUAAUAAAUCAGAGGAAAUCAGAACAGGUUCUGAUUAUCCCAGCUCACCGGAAAAUUUAGAAGUAGGAACAGAACCAUCAGGAGCAACUAUGCCAUUUUCCAAUCAGGUUCAUCCUGUCAUCACAAAAACAAAGAAAAUAUCUUUAGAUGACAACUCAGAAUGUUUUCCUGUGUUUCCUAAAGAAGAUACCAGACAUUUGGUAAAUUUUUACAUAGCAGAUGACUCAAAAUAUGAUUCUAAUGAAGAAUCUCCACUAGAUUCUAAACAUUUUGAUGAAGGUCUAUCUGCCCAGAGUGUAAUGAUUCCUGAGAUGCAAAGCCUUUCGUCAAGUUCUCCCAGAGGGGAAAAUAGCCAAGAAAAACAGGUUUCAAUAAUGGAAAUUGUUGACAACCAAGAGAUAUGGAAUGAAUUAGUGAAGUCAUCAUGUUCUUUGUCACAUGAAACAUCAAUAUUAAUACGAGAAAAUCAGGAACUUUUAUUUGAAAAAUCAGAUCCUACCAUGAACAUUUGUCGCUUUGACUUAGAAACUCCUGACAUCUCAAAAGUGAGCAGUGGUCAUGAAAUAUCUUUGGAGGGCAAAAAUCAAGACAUUGAAAUCCCACAGAAUCCAUCUGCAGAAUGUGCUAAAUCUCUAGAUUGUUCAAAUAUGAAUGAAACAAAUAAUACAUUGCCAUGUGAAAUGGAUUCUUUUGAGAGAAGUGAAACUUCUGAAUGUCUGGAGUUUGAAAAUAAGCUUUCAAAUGGGAAAAUAAUUGAUAUUGUACCUCACCAUAAAUUGUCCCAAAUUCUAGAUGCAUGGAAUGUAUCAGUGAAUGAACAGAUGCAAUCUGUUGAAACAAGUCCUGAGAUAAGUGAAGACCUUGAAACAUCAGAUAUUGACUUUCCAUUAGAUAUUCCAACAAAAAACACCUACAAGGAAGACAACCCUUGCAAUGGUUCCAUUCAUGAUUAUACACACUCAAGUGCAACAAGCCCUGAUAUAAGUGAUUCUUCUAUAAAUAUGCAUAUUUGGGACAAUGUACAAACAGCUAAUACUCAAAAAGAAAAGGAAGAUGUUUGGGAUCUCCCAAAUGAUACCAAGUUAGAAGCAUCUGGAAAAGAAAACCUUGAGAAUAAAAGCCAAGAAUAUUCUGAAGCAAGCACUGAUCAUAAAGUUCCUAAAAACUUAGAUCUUUGGAAUGCACAUGUGGAUGAUGAUACAGAAUCAUCUCUAUCUAGUCCUGGAAUAGAUGAGUAUUCAGAUUAUUCAAAUGUCUAUCCAGCAGGGAUACAGUCAGGUUUAUACCUGGACAAAGUAGAGGAUACCGUUAAUGAUAUUAGAGACUGGGACAGUUCGCAAUCUAUUGAAACAAAUCUUGACAUUGAUUCAAAACGUUCUGGUGUUCCACCUCAUUUGGAGAAAAAGGUCCACAUGGCUGUAUUAGAUAAGAAUUCUGAAGAUGUUAAUACAUCUAACACUUUGAGGAAGAAGGAUGUUGAUGAAGUUUCUGAAUAUUCAGCACACUGGGAAACAAUUCAAGAUAAAAUACCUCUAAGUACUUCCUAUGAACAACCACAUGAUACAUGUUCUUGGAAUUCAUGUUUAGUGCAUGAUUAUAAUGCACAAAAUACUGCAGUAAAUCAUGAAGAAGAUUUUACUUCCAAGAGUUCAGAUGCAUGGGACGCACUACUGCAGUGUCAUUCAGAAAAUGUAGUAGGAAAAGAUCAAAAGUGCAUAGCUCUUGCAUUUCCAGAUGAUUCUUCAGAAUGGUGGAACUCACAAAACCAUAAUGAGAGACAGAUGAAAGAUCAACAAUUUAAUUCUGAUGACUUUCAGGUUAGUGAUGUAGUAAUCAAUGCCAAUGAUGCAUAUAAUCAAAGAAAUGAAAAACUGAAAGAACUGAAUUUCGCUGAUACAGCUAAUGAAGAAAAUGAGUUUAUUCAAUAUAAUAAUAAAGAUGAACACACAAAUGAAGAAUGCUUAUUGGUUACCAAAGAAGAUGGAUUAGAUUGUGAUGCUGUAACCUUUGAAGAACAUGGCCCACUGUCACCAGUGUGCAAUGAUGAAGGAGAUGUAAAAGAAGAGUCCUUUGUUAAAGCUGAUGUUGAUCAAGAUACUGUUAAGCCAUCUAUUCCAGAAGACAGUCAGUCAACCCUGUUAAGUCCAUGUACUAAUGCAGAUCCAGCACUAGGUUUGUUAAGAAAUAAUAUGAAUGUAACAUCAGACUGCCCAGGUGAAAUUAACACGAAUCCAUUUGACCAAAAUCUUUUGUACAUUAGUGAAAAAUCUCAAUCUGACCCUUUAAAAACAGCAAGGAAUUUCAGCCCAAUGCGUGAUGAAGAUAGCAUACCUCAGCAGAAUGAAUUUGUUCCAGAUAUUUUACAAAAUAAUACCCCGGGGGCUUUGCAGGCCUUCACUGUUGAUCCUGAUUUGUGGACUGAUGUUGAGCAGCCUUUCAUCUUAAGAACAAAUAGAGAAAAUCCAGAUAUAUUAAAUCAUUGUGAUCAAGAUAGCAGUUCACAAUCCUCAAGCAGUCCUGAUGUUUGCCAGGAAUAUGAAAGCAAGCAAACUUAUGCACAACCUUCCAUUCUAGCAGAGCCUGAAGAAGCCACUCAGAUGUCUCCUAUACCAUCUGAUGUAUGUGAAGACACAGUCAUUGUUAAACAACAAUUAACGGUUGGCAGAGAAGAAUCUCAUACUGAAGUAAGCAGUUCAUGUUUCUUAACUAAUGAUGAGUCCGGGGUUGAUAAGCCCUACCAAUUCAUGCCUUUUAGAACUGAAAAACCAUCUGAAAUUGGAAGGGACAAUAUCCUCCAGGAUUCUAAUGUAACAAACAAACCCAGUACUGAACAAAUAUCUCUGACAAGUUCCCGUACUGAUAUUUUGGAAACAGUAUUCCCAAGUAUGGAAGGCAAUGAAGUUGAAAAUAAAAGCCCUGACGAAAAGCAACAUUUGGCUCCCAAAGACGCAGUUAAGCACCAAGGUCAUGUUGUUCCAGGUUUGUCCACUGAUAGUUCUGUAUUUAGUAACUUUCCCGACAGCAAUCAAAUUUCAGCCUUUGAGAAUACAACAGAAAUGGCUGAUAAAUGGGAAGCAACAGACCUGUAUAUUGGUAUAAGUAAAGUUGGAAGCAAGCAGAGCAUCAAUGAAACGCAAAUUAUUAGUAGCUCAUCUACCAUAUUAAAUCAUCCAACAAUGCUAGAUAAUGAACUAGAAGAAGAAAGAGACACAAAUAAAAGAUUCAUAAAGAUAUGCUCAGCACAAGCCUCCCAAGAAGAGGAGGGGAAAGAUUGUCUAAAUGGUACAGGAAGUCAGUAUGCUAGUAAUUUUGUACAAGACUGUGAAAACUUGCAAGAGAAUAAUAGUCCAUGCUUUACAGAAUCACUCAGUAAACAAUCGUCAUUAGCAUGUUCUUCUCCAUUUGAUGUAUCAUUUGCCACAGAAUUUACUUUUCAGCAAGGUAACACAAACUUUGCAAAAUCUAACAGUAAAGACAUUAAAGAUAAGAUUGCGGAAUAUUCUCAAGUAAAUCAAGCUUGGGGGUCACUUAACAGGGUUGACCCACAAACUGAUGCAAAUACAAUAAACUCUUCAGGAUGUAACGCUAGUGAGUACAAAGGACAGGUUGCAUUAUUUACUCAAGAAGAUCAAGGCUGGGGAUCACUUUUGUUAGAAUCUGAUGAGCCUCCAAAACCUUCAAAUGUUUUGAAACAAUUUAAACAUGAAACAGAUCCAGGUGUUACUGAUUCAACAACUUGUGGAGUUGAAAUGAACCUUUCAGAAUCUAAACCCAGUAAUGCCAAUGACAAGGUUGGGGAAUAUUCUCAAGAAGACCAAGACUGGGGAUCUUUAUUGCUAGAAUCUGAAAUGACUCCAAAAUCAACUGAUUCUUUGAAGGGAUUUGAGUACGAAACAGAAUUAAUUAAUAGUGAUUCACCAGCAGAUGGAGUCAGAGGAAUGGCCAAUGGUAAGCAAUUAGUACAGUCACUAAUAAAACAAGAAGCUGUCUCUGAAGGAUGCCAGCCCUCUGAGAGUCCAAAGAAAAGAAGAAGAGAAGGAAGAGACGAUAUAAGGUUAAUGGAAUCUGAGGAUCAAUCUUCACUAGAGAUGGAUUAUGUGCUCAUUACUGGUGAAGAAAAUGUAUCUUUGGGGAAAGAUAUCUUGGUAACACAAGAAAGUAAUUUUGCUUCACAGGAAGCUGCAGCAGUAGCAGAACAAAUAGAUUCUCUUGAAACCUUUUCAGCAGACUCCUCGGAUACAUUUCAGUCAAUCUCCAUAAUAAAUGAAAGUGAAGGGAAGUCUGCUCUGGAGACUGAAUGGGAUUCUUUUUAUUUAGCAGAGAAAAGUCUUGCUGUUGUGCCUCACAACCAAGGAGAUGAAAAGAAAUCACCCAAAAGCCCUGUGCACGAUCAAGAAUGGACUAUGGUGGGCCAAAAUGGAGUGGAUGAUAUAUCACCUGAAGAAAGCUGCAGCAAAACAGACACAAUAGAGUCACUGUCUAGACAGUCUUGUAAAGAAUUAGAAAAUGUUUUAAGCCAGGAAUUGAUCUAUGAGACACAAGCUGAAACUCUGCUAGAGAGAAAUCCUCACAAAUCACUGGAACAAGAGGAUGAAAAUUCACACAAUAAGGCAACAGAUGCUCUUUUAUUGCAUGUUGUUGCUGAUGAUUGUAAACUGGAUGUCCAUUCAGAACUGCUUCUUGGCAGUGGCAUGGUAACAGAACAAGGAAAGGAAGAGGAGCCCGAGUUUGUUGGCAGAAACAGAGAACAUGGUCACAUAACAGGAUUGGUACUGGAGGAUGUGGGAAUGGAUAUCACCUUUAAUGAGGCUAUGCUAGACUCCAGCGACACAGAGAUGAGGCCUGAACCUCCCAAUUCUCUAGAUCUUAAUGGCUCCCAUCCCAGAAGAAUAAAGCUCACGGCUCCAAAUAUCAGUCUCUCAUUGGACCAGAGUGAAGGAUCUAUCCUUUCUGAUGAUAACUUGGACACCCCAGAUGAAAUUGAUAUCAAUGUAGAUGAUCUGGACACACCAGAUGAAGCGGACUCCUUUGAAUAUGCUGCACAUGAGCAGCCAGUUGUUAAUGAUGUUUUCCAUGAGGAAUCUGAAUCAAUCCCAGAAUACACUGCUGAGGAGGAGCGAGAAGACAACAGGUUAUGGAGAACAGUUGUCAUUGGAGACCAGGAACAAAGGAUUGAUAUGAAAGCUAUAGAACCUUAUAAAAAGGUCAUUUCUCAUGGAGGAUACUAUGGCGAUGGUCUAAAUGCCAUCAUUGUGUUUGCUGCAUGUUUUCUACCAGACAGUAACCGAGCUGAUUACAACCAUGUCAUGGAAAACCUUUUCCUAUAUGUAAUAAGUACCUUAGAACUCAUGGUUGCUGAAGACUAUAUGAUUGUUUACUUGAAUGGUGCAACACCAAGGAGAAAGAUGCCAGGAUUGGGGUGGAUGAAAAGAUGCUACCAGAUGAUUGACAGGCGGUUAAGGAAGAAUUUAAAAUCUUUCAUAAUUGUUCAUCCUUCUUGGUUUAUCAGGACAAUUCUAGCAGUGAUACGACCUUUUAUAAGUUCAAAAUUCAGCAGUAAAAUACAAUAUGUCAGCACCCUGGCAGAGCUCAGUGAACUAAUUCCAAUGGAAUUUGUAAAUAUUCCUGAAAGUAUUGCCAAACUGGAUGAAGAGCUGAGGGAGACAUCAGCAAAAGGAAGCUGUCUUUCAAAUGAGCCAGAAGUAACUUCAGAACAGCAGGACACUGAAACGAAGCUGAAAGAAGAUUCCUAACUUCCUUGGCAGUUUCUAGAAGAUUUUUUGUCUACUUGAUGUGCCUAGAGGAUGGGGACAAUUUAGCUUCUUCUUUGGACACAAUCUUCCAGGAGCCUCCUGUGCUCAACCCACAAUUCUUUCAGUGAGGCCUGUCAGAGCAAGAAAAAACUCCUGAUUUACUGCAACCAUUGUUCUUUCAUUAUUUAAUGCCAUUCAGAGCUUUCUGAGCUAAAAGAAGGGGCUGCUGCUGCUCCUGUCAGACAGGCAGCAAUUGUAUGGCUGUGACUUUCUGUAAUUUUCAGGAACGUUACUUGCAAUAAGGAAAUUUAUUUCAUUAUGCAUUUUUCAGUUCACAAUUAUUUUACUGCUUUGCUAUUUAUGUGCCACAUCUGUAAUUCUGUGGGUUUGGAUUGUUUUUCCUUUUUGUCUUCAGUACAUUAGCAGGUGUGUCUAGUUCAACCAGAGCUGAAAACCUUUAUUUAA